AUGAAAUACGAAUAUGAAGCUCUUAUUGAAAAUAAGAUGUGGGAAUUAGUUUCUCGUCCCUCUAAUGCUAAUAUUAUUCGAAGUUUGUGGAUUUUCAAGCACAAGAAGAAAUAUGAUGGUUCUUUUGAGCGAUACAAAGCUCGUCUUGUAGGUAAUGUUGUUAAUCAACAAUUAGGUGCCGAUUAUGGUGAAACUUUUAACUCUAUCAUUAAAUCGGCCAUUAUACACAUGGUAUUUAGUAUUGCAUUAUCCAAGUCAUGGUGUCUUCAUCAACUAGAUGUCAAGCAUGUCUUUUUGCAUGGAAAUAUUGACGAAAACAUGUAA